AUAUAAUAUCGUUACCAAUGAGGAACGGACUACUACCGACUCUCAGAUCCCCAAUUCUGCCCUCUCCUCUCCUCAAUCUAGGGUUUCUGGAUCCAUUUAAUUUAUUCACUUUGGUCUCUGUUUGUUGUUGGGGAUGGAUCCUCCGCCGAGCUCCGACCCCGACUCCGACAAGUCGCUCGAGCUUAGUUGCCCGGAUUCGCUUCCUCCAUCUGGCUCCUCCUCCGACGAAGCUGAUCCUAAGCGACAGAAGGUCGAAGGAGGCGAAAAGAACGCUGACAGCGACGGCUCCGGCGACAUGGAAGAGGGAAACCACGACGAGGAAGAUAGUAGUGGCGAGAUUGAGGAUAGCGAUGAUUAUGAGGAUGAGGAUGACGAUGACGAUGAUGCGAUGGAGGUCAAGCAGUGGUCUCCCAAGGUACGGACGCUCAUCAAGAGCAUUCCAGAAGACGAUGAAGGCCUGCAACGGUACAUCAGGAAAAUCAAAGAGAGCGAGUGUUUCGAUUUGGAUGAGAACCCUCCUCUGGAGUACCAAAUGUUUGCUACUGCAAUUUACAAGGUCGACUUUGAUUGCCCUGAAGAUAACCAUCACGUCGAAAAUAUUUGGCGCUGUCUCAACCAUGUAAUCGACGAAAAGAAGAAACAAGGCAUUCUGCUGGAAAAGGUUCGAAUUCAGACGGUCAAUUACGGAUUCGACACUGGUUAUAACUAUUACAUUACGUUUGAAGCCAAGAAGAAGUUGUCCGCCGAGGAGGAAGAAGACAAAGUGUAUCAAGCGGAGGUGCACCACAGUAUCUGGAAGGACAUCAACAUUCAUGUUUUCCGGGAGAAGCAGCAGCAACAACCACUUAUUCAGGCCUGA